AUGCCAUGGAGCCAUCCAUUCAAUAAGAAAAUGACAUGGCUUAGUGUUCUCGAUUUCAAACUUGCUAUCUUUACUAUGGGCUCCAAAGAGUGGAGGGAUAUCAUCGACUCAGCUAAUCUCACUUUGACCCCGACGAUUGUGUAUCUUUUUCUAUCAAAUCAUUCAAACAAGGUUUUAUUCAUCAAUGGGAGCAUCUACUGGCACCACAACCCCACUAUUUUGGCAUUUGAUGUCAGUAUGGAGAGGUUUACAUUGAUCAUAAUGCCCGACACAUUUAACCCUAAUUUUCCUUUGGUUGAGGUGGACGAUUGUGGAUCUGUAAUAGCUACUGAAAUACAUUGCCAGCCAAGGUUGUGGAUUCUUAGAAGCAUUAAAAAUACACAUAUUUGGGAGAUUAAGGAGGAUGAUUAUAUGACUUGUUGGAGACCUACCAAGGUAGGUUUGGACCAUAUGAGAGCUUUGUUCGAAAUAUCUCCAACUGAGAUAAUGUUGACAAUGGUGCAAUUGGCCUUUUCGAUUGCACAUGAAGAAGUGCUACGGUUAAGCUUCUAG